AUGAGUGGCGGAGGGACGGAGACCCCAGUGGCUUGUGAGGCCGCCCCGGGUGGCGGCGUCAAGAAGAGGGACUCCUUGGGGACCGCAGGCUCGCCAGCGCACCUCAUUAUUAAGGAUCUUGGAGAAAUUCAUUCAAGGCUUUUAGAUCACAGACCAGUUAUUCAAGGUGAAACCCGCUAUUUUGUCAAAGAAUUUGAAGAAAAACGUGGCCUUCGGGAAAUGCGAGUUCUUGAAAAUUUGAAGAAAAUGAUCCAUGAAACAAAUGAACACAUUCUCCCCAAAUGUAGAGCGGCAAUGCAGAACAACUUAGACCCGGUUCUCCAGAGAUUGCAAGCUACUAAUCAUUCAGUGUGUAGACUUCAACAGAGGGAACAAGAACAAAAAAAGAUUCAUACUGAGCGCUUACUGGCUAGUGAAGGCCAGCAUGCGACCCAGUGGAAGGAGUUCAUGAGAGAACAGCAUGACAAGCGGGCCGAAGUGGAUGAGGAGCACAGAAGAGCCAUGGAGCGACUGAAAGGACAAUAUGCUGAGAUGGAGAAGGACCUAGCGAGAUUUUCUACCUUUUAA